GACGGGCUGGCUGGCUGGGCUCCGGACGGCUGUCUGUGCGCCUCAGACGGUCGUGGGAGAGACUACCAUCAACGCUCAGCGCCUCCCGGAGCGCUCAGAGGGGGGGAGAAAGACGCCGGAGACACACGGGGUAUAACUGCGAGGAGAAAAAAAUUAACAAAGCAACCAGCUCCACCUCGGCAUCUGGAGAAAAAGGCACCGAGGAAGAAGAAGGAGAAGAAGCAGGAGACGAUCCUCCUCCCUGUACCGCGUCGCCAACCCGCCCUAUCCACCCUGCUCCGGGUGCCACCCCUGGGGUCUGCGCUGCGGGAGAACCACUGGCACCCUUAGGAACCCCCCCCACUCUGACCAGCGUUGCCAUUAAGCGAUGCGCAUUGAAUUUAGGAGGAGAUCAACCCCGCGCUUUUGAUGCAACCAGCGGCUCUUGGUUUUUCCACAGUGGGACCAGUUCAGACUCCGGAUCUGGGUGUUUACACUUUUUUUCUUGACGGCUUCCCAGUGGAAUGAUAACAUGCAGCAGAGAUCGCCCCACGGUUACGCACAGGGCUGUCACUCCGUAGAUUAGUGUUUAUUCACCCAACCAGCUGUCACAUAAGCUGCGUUCGAGCCCUUUUUUCUCCCAUGCUUAGAAAUAAUCCUGACAAUGGUAUGGGAGCGGACCGCCUCUCCAGACACCUGGUGACAUCCUCUCAAGACGUGACAGACCGACGUCUCGGCUAAAGCAGCGAAACACCGACGAGGAGUCACUUGACGCCGACGCCUGUUUGAGCCACGGGACUUUGCGUGCGAAGUUUGCUCCGGGAAGAGGGAGACCGAGUCGGGGAUAUCUCGGCUGGAUCCGCGGCGUUUUCCCCCCACCCCUCCCCAGCAAGGUGGGAGGUCGGCGACUUGCCGUCAUGCUGUCCCUGGAUGAGCCCCUGGACCUAAAGCUCCCUCGGCGGGCCAGUGGGCGGGACAGAGGGGUGCGCUCACCCCCCCUUUCCCCAAUAUACCCCAAGCGAGCUCGCCAGCUCCGCAUGGCGGACGAUGGGACUGCAGUCAUAGAGCUGGCCUCGCCAGCUUCUCCACGCACAGGUGUGCAGGUGGUCCCUCACGACCGAACAGACACCCCCACCCCCCCUGCGGUGGACCUGAGCAUGUCUCCCUGCUCCCGCCACACCCCCAGCUCUCCAGAAAUGACCAACGGCAACUACGUCCCCUCAGGGAAUUCUCACAUCUCACAGGCCUUUCAGUUUUUCGUGCCAAUCGGAGCCGGGGCGGGACUUCACCUGCCGUCCUCCAUGUUCAUUGGCCAGACGAGUGACAAGCGGGCCUCUCCGGACCUGUCAGCGGAUGAACAACUGGCCUGCCACUGGAGGAAGUGCCACCUGCUCUUUGACUCCCUACAAGACCUGGUGGACCACGUCAACGACUUCCAUGUCAAGCCUGAGAAGGAUUCUGGGUACUGCUGCCACUGGGAGGGCUGUGCUCGCAAGGGCAGGGGGUUCAAUGCCAGGUACAAGAUGCUCAUCCACAUCCGGACUCACACCAACGAGAAGCCCCACCGCUGCCCCACCUGCAACAAGAGCUUCUCACGUCUGGAGAACCUCAAGAUACACAAUCGCUCACACACAGGUGAAAAGCCCUACAUUUGUCCUUAUGAGGGUUGCAACAAGCGUUACUCCAACUCCAGCGAUCGCUUCAAACACACGCGCACACACUACGUGGACAAGCCUUACUACUGCAAGAUGCUGGGCUGCCUGAAGCGCUACACAGACCCCAGCUCUCUGCGGAAGCACAUCAAAGCCCACGGUCACUUUGUGGCCCAGGAGCAGGGCUCCCCCGGCGGGGUGGGCUCCCUGCUGAAGGGGAGUCACAGUGGAGGGCUUGGGAGUGGAGGGGGUAAGGAUUCAGAGCUGUCCUACAUGAGCGGAGCCCACAUCAUAAUCCCAGGGGCAGCGGCUGCUCUCCUGGGAGGCCACACUAUGCAGGGCCUGAGUGGCGCCGUGCCCCUGUCUCCCCUCAGUCCUCGUCCCCUGGACCUCAGCUCGCUGGGUUGCCCCAACUCGCCUCCAGGCAGCAUUGGCGGCACGUCCAUCCUGUCCUUCCACGGCUCGCCGCUGGGAUUGGCCAAGUCACCACUGCUCUCCGCGGCAUUCUCUUCCUCGGCCCUGGGCCUGCCAAUGAUGCCCAUGCUAGGGGCGGCGUCUGAGCGGAGGGCCCAGAGUCAGCAGUUCAAGAGGAGCCAGGGGGAGGAGGCCGAGAACGUGGUGACUGGAGGCAUCCUAAACCUCUCCACAGGAGGGUCUCAUGAUCCGCUGUCCUGGGUGGUCAUCCCUCCAGGCACCGUGGUGCUCAAGCCAGCUGUGGUCAACUGACUCACACACACACACACACACAUACGCACACACAUAUGCAUACAUUCCAGAAGAG